GACGACCCAAAAACCCCUAAAAGAAAAAAUAUCAACCACAUUUUUCCGUAUAUUAUAUAAGGAACUAUUGAAUAGCUUUCUGUUGAUAACAUUGUGAUUUACCACAAAACUACACAUGCAAAGAAUCACUAUAUGUAAUUGAUAUCUGUAUGUCGAUCGUCUUUUCAAGAUUUAUUUUGUUCUUCACCAUCACCACAAGCUUCCUCACAGCUGUAAAAACAUGGGCGGCUUCACCAGCUCUUCUUCAUCCAGAUGAAUUAAAAGCGCUUGAAGAGAUAGCUUCUACCCUUGGAAUCACAAAAUUGAACCUAGGCUAUGGAGACCCUUGCGAAUUAAAAAAUUUAAAAAUUGAUGUUGCUCAAGAUCCAGGGAGUGAGAACAGCAUUGCUUGUGAUUGUAGUGUCAACAAUACAUGCCAUAUUACACGUUUAACGCUUAAGACCCUCAGUCUUCCCGGGAAACUUCCACCAGAAUUGGUAAAACUUCCGUAUUUCCAAGAAAUUGACUUGUGCCGGAACUGCCUUUCGGGGUCUAUCCCAAUGGAGUGGGCUUCAAUGCCAUACCUCACUUUAAUCUCGGUCUGCGCAAAUAAUCUAUCUGGGCCUUUACCAACUGGUUUACAAAACUUCAAGAAUCUAAAAGUCCUAGGGGUUGAAGCGAACCAGUUCUCUGGCCCGAUUCCUGAUGAGAUUGGUAACUUGACCACCCUAAAAAGAUUGAACCUUGCGUCGAAUCAAUUUACAGGCAGUCUGCCUACUACUCUAGCUAAACUGGUGAACCUUCAGGAUUUUCGGAUAAGUGACAAUAAAUUUAGUGGCAUCAUCCCAAGCUUCAUUGGCGACUGGCCUUGGCUUAAAAAAAUACAUCUAUAUGCGAGCGGACUGAAAGGACCUAUUCCUGAUGCACUGACACGCUUAGAAAAUCUUACUGAUAUGAGAAUUAGUGAUAUGACUGGGAUAAGCUCCUUUCCAUAUAUAUCAAGCAAAUCUAUGGAAACCCUGAUUUUGAGGAAUUUGAGUUUGUCUGGUCAAAUCCCUUCUUACAUCUGGUCUAUGCCAGUCCUAAAGACUCUUGAUUUAUCAUUUAACAAGUUGAGUGGUGAAGUUCAGUCGCUAGAAAAAGCACCCCAACAUACCUAUUUGAAUGAAAACAUGCUUUCCGGAAACAUUGGAUCUGGUGCUUUCCUCAACAAUGAAUCUUACAUUGAUCUCUCUUACAACAAUUUCUCAUACCCAUCAGGCUGCCCGGAUAAAAGUAACAUUAAUACAUACCGGAGCUCAUAUUUGCAGAAAAAUUUGACUGGACUUCUACCAUGUGCUGGUCCAAUAAAAUGCAGCUAUCAACGGUCUCUACAUAUAAAUUGUGGUGGAGACAACGUAGUUAUUACAAAUUCUUCUCAUAAAAUAACUUAUCAAGCUGAUAAUAGUGAAACCAAAGCCGCAACAAAUCAGCACCAUGAAAACUGGGGAGUUAGUAGCACGGGAUACUUGGCUAAGGAUAAAUACUUCAUUACACCUACUUUUACACUAUCCGAAGAUUUUCCUUCUUUCUAUAAAUCCGCACGCCAAUCUGCUCAGUCUCUAGUUUAUUAUGCGUUUUGCAUGGAAAACGGAGCCUACAAUGUGAAACUCCAUUUUAUGGAGAUUCAGUUUUCCGACGAAGAACCGUACAGUCUUCUUGGCAGACGCAUAUUUGAUAUAUAUGUCCAGGGAGAAUUGUUCUGGAGGGAUUUUAAUAUCAAAGAGGAAGCUAAUGGAACUCGGAAGCCUAUUGUGAAAGAAGCAAACGUGAAUGUGACCAAUCAUUUGUUAGAGAUUCGGUUGUACUGGGCGGGGAAGGGGACAACCCAAAUUCCAGCAAGAGGAAAUUAUGGUCCUAUUAUCUCUGCCAUCUCCUUGUGUCACAGCAGUUUGGGGCCAGGAUGUGAAGCGGUGAAAACAAAACAUCACACUAGUUAUCCAUUAGUUUUUGGGAUAACGGGUGCUUUGUUAGCAAUUACACUCUUGGCUUUGGGAUUAUAUGCUCAGAAAAGAUGCAGGGGAGAUAGGAACACAAGAAAACGAGAUCUGAGAGCCCAGGGUUUGCAAACGGUUUGCUUUACUUGGAGGCAACUCCAAGCUGCUACAAACAAUUUUGAUGAAGCCAACAAACUCGGAGAAGGAGGUUUCGGAUCGGUAUUCAAAGGAGAACUGUCCGAUGGAACAAUUAUAGCAGUUAAACAGCUUUCUUCCAAGUCAUGCCAAGGAAACCGCGAGUUUGUGAAUGAGAUAGGCAUGAUCUCAGGUCUGAAUCAUCCAAACCUUGUUAAGCUUUAUGGAUGCUGUGUGGAGAAGAAUGAACUGUUACUUGUGUAUGAGUACAUGGAAAAUAACUCCCUUGCUCUUGCUCUGUCUGGAAAGAGCUCUCUAAAACUGGACUGGGCAACGAGACAAAAUAUUUGUGUUGGUAUCGCAAGAGGGAUUGAUUUUCUCCACCAAGGAUCGAUGAUCAGGAUGGUUCACCGCGAUAUAAAGACCACAAAUGUACUUCUAGACGCUGACCUAAAUGCAAAGAUAUCUGAUUUUGGAUUGGCUAGGCUGCAUGAAGCAGAACACACUCACAUUAGCACCAGAAUCGCAGGGACUAUUGGAUAUAUGGCUCCGGAAUAUGCACUAUAUGGUCAAUUAACCGAGAAGGCAGACGUGUUCAGCUUCGGGGUUGUUGCAAUGGAAAUUGUUAGUGGAAAGAGUAAUAUGAAACAAACGGAGAGUUCUGAUCACAUCUGGCUUAUAAAUUGGGCGCUGACGCUGCAACAAACAGGGGACAUAAUGGAUAUCAUUGAUCCAGUGCUCGAAGGUGAAUUCAACAGAAAAGAAGCAGAGAGGAUGAUCAAAGUUGCUCUUGUUUGCACAAACUCAUCUCCACUGUCAAGGCCAACAAUGUCAGAGGCAGUGCAAAUGCUUGAGGGAGAGACUGAAAUAACACAGGUUCUGUCAGAUCCUGGUUUAUAUGGAAAUGACUGGAACAUCUCAAAGCUGAGGGGCACUGAUACACAUGGUAGCUCAAGCACGUCUGGUUUGACUGAUCAAACAGCAACCACAAUGAAAUCCUCUGUUUCUGGUGCUGAUCUUUACCCAUUAUACCCGGAAUCCAUGAUCUUAAACUCCACAGUAGACUUUUCUUCCCCGUCACUCUAACAUCAAAAGCUGUGUGUGCAUUGCCUUGUAUCUGAUGAAGAGACGAAAGGCUUGUAAGUGGUCUUAUACAUUUACAUGUAUCUCUAAGAAUGUUUACUAAAACCGGAUUAUACCUUUUUUAUGAAAGUCUCUAGUGGUCGCUGAACAAAA